UCUAUAUAACACGGGGGCCACGGCAGCCACGAUCCAACGGCGACCCCGGUUGUUGGUGGAGUGCUUAGCGAAGGCCAUUGAUCGCCACCGUAAACCUCCCUCUAUCUCGUCUCGGCUCGCCUCGCCUCGCCCACUAGCCCGUCCGUCCGUCCGGCUGACGAUGCCGCCGAUGGCGACCACGACGGCGACGGCGACUGACUCCGCGGCGCGCCGCUUCGCCUCGGCCUGCGGCGUGCUCAGCCAGUACGUCAAGGCGUCCGGCGUCCAGGAACCCAGCUAUCCGGCGGACGGGGCGCAGCAGCUGACGAUCUUCUACGGGGGGAGGGUGGUGGUGCUCGACGGCUGCACGCCGGCCAGGGCCGUCGAGCUGAUCCGGUACGCCGCGGCCUCGCAGGGAGCGCCUGUCGUACAGCCGCCUGCCCCGGCGUUCGUCGACAUGCCGAUCGCGAGGAAGGCGUCGCUGCAGCGGUUCCUGUCGAAGCGCAAGGACAGAUCCGCCGGCGCCGGCCCGGCCCCAGCCCCAGCCCCCGAGGUCCCGCCGUACGCGCAUCAUGAGGAGGAGGCGCCGCCGGCGCUGCCGAAGAAGAAGGGCAAGACGGAAGCUUCUUCCUGGCUCGCCCUGGGUAGCUUAGGGGACAUGCACGCGCCGUGAUCGCCUCGACAUGCACGGCAGCGUCGGUACAUCGAGCUCAGUCGGGAGUUGAACUAACCCUUACUUCCGUAGCAGCACGGUGUUACCAUUGGUCAAUUCAAGCCACAUGCUCGUGGCAUCCAUGCUCACUGCAGAGCGCGUUAACAUAAUCCUAGUAGCCAUCGAUUUAACCCAUGCACUACGUUUCUUAAUUUGUUUAUUUAUGCUGUAUGAACCCCAUUUUGCCAAGUUGCUCGCCUCAUAUAUACGGAUGCGCCGUUUAUUUAUUUUAAA